UCCAUGUGCAGAAAAAGCUGAAAAGGCAGCAUUUCCUGCCGUUCCCCUCCAGCCCACGUUGGUUCCACAACUUGAGCACACCUCAAAAAAACCAUGGGUGACACGAGCAUCGCCGGCCCAGAGGGCACCCUUUUCGGGGCGAUCGGCGCAGUCUUGGGUUACAUCGGCGCCGAAGCCGUUAUGGUACAGUCCAUCGAACAGCUCCUGUGGCCUCAGCGCUCCUUUUCACAUUUCACGUUCGCCUCGCUGCCUAAGCUGGCCCUCCUCCUCCCCAUGGGCGGCCCUCUGCACAAGGCCGCCCUUCUGAUGCUCGAUAGCGCUUCCGAACACGGCCUUUUCAGGGGCAAAAAUUUGGGCCACAUGCUGGGCACCCCCUUUUUCCCGCACCUGGCGUGGACCUAUACGGUGCAUGGCAACGACGGCGCCGCCAAGUCUGGGCCGCAAUCUCUGCGGAACUGCCUCUGGGCGCGCGCCAUCUCUCGGCUCCCAACCCCGACCUUGGACGACGCGAAGCAUUCUGGCCUGGGGCCGAACAGCGGCUCCGCUGCCGAGGAGGGCGUCACCGCCCGUCGACCUGCUGCGCCCGUUCGCUCGAUGGUCGCGGUCAGCCACCUGACGCUGGCGCGGCCGACGGCGGCCGACCUCGCGUCUGGAAACCUGCCGUUCGUGUCAGAGGGCACCGGGUCCCCGAACCUCCGCGUCAUUUUGGCAUUGGUUGCCACGGAGUUUUCGGCACUACUAGUGGCCGUCGGGGUCGCCGCCGCCUUCCGGACGGCCUGGGCCCUGCUCUGGGUCGCGCCCCUGAUGCUGCGGCUUGCGAGCGCCUUUCUCGCCCUGCGGCGCGAGCCGCUCGAAUCCCUGGCCGCCGUCGCGCCCGACGCUCCCGUCCGCGACUUCGAGGUGCACUGCCCCACGCAGUCCGGGUCCGGCUUCCUGCUCAUCACGGGCGCCCCCGCGGUCGUGAACCAGUUUAUGCUCCACUACGGCCACCCGGUGCGCAGCCGGCCGCGGGAGCUGGCACAGUUUGCCAUCGUCGUCGCCUUGGGCCUCUUCUUCCCCGUUAGCCUUUUCUGCUCGCUCCUCUGGAUGCAGCCGGCGGAGCUGCAGUACGUCUGGCUGUGCUACCAGCUCUACGUCGUCCUGGCCAUGUAUACGGCCCGCUACGCGACCGACGCCCGCGACGCCGCCGACACGGCAACGCGCCUCGCCCGUUGCUUCGGGGCCGGCGGCGGCCAGGGCGCGCUUCUGUUUGGUCAUAGGAGAGGCGGCGCCAGGACGGUCAAGGCGAGCCUGGCUGUGACCUAUCAUCUCCGGUAUGCGGACGGGCAGGAGAGAAUGGCGGAGCUUCUCCGUCGAAUAGAUCCGGUAGUUCUCGCCCCGUCGAAGGCUCUGGUCACCGUCGCACACUCACCCUCGCCCUCGGCGUCUAACAGCGGAUGAGAACUUGGACGUGUCUAUUGCAAUAGCUGUGCGCAUGUAUUUUUGCUGGCAAGUAUAAACUCAAGUAUGAAAUCUUCUACAUUAGGCCAGGUAAGGCUACGAUUGAGCAAUACUAUUAAAGUUUGGUUUAGAGAACAAUGAGUAAUGUGCUGUGAGAUGCGCUACUCCAUGGGUACACACCCGAUAUUUAUAGACAG